AUGGCAUCCGAGCAACGACUCGCUUCGAGCAGCUCCACCGAGGGGAGCUCUGCCGUGCACGGGGCUCACGACUCGCCGCAAACUGCCAAGGAGAUGCAGGCAGAAUCAGAGCAAGCGCCUACACCGGCGCGGCAGCCUCCGCAACUCGGCCAGGAGACCUUCUGGUCGCCGCGAGUGCGCGCGCAACGUGCCGCCUAUCUCAAAGCCAUCGGUAGCACUACCCUCAUCAUCUGCAUCUUUGUAUGGGCCAUCAUCAGCAUGUAUUGGGGCUCGGUCUGGAAGGAGAGCGAUCUUUCGCCCAACCUCAACGGAUGGAUCAUCAACCGCGACAGUGGCGAGAUCGGCUCGGCCGUCCAAGAGGCGUUUCUCGCUGCCAAUGAGGGUGCCAAGCCGCACAGCACCUGGACGGUCAUCGAUCCCAAUCGUUUCCCCACGCAGGAUGAAGUCGACUACCAGGUCACCAACACUCUGGCCACUUGGAUCGUUGUCACGGUGGAAGAGGAUGCCACCGCAAAGCUCGAGCAGGCGCGUGCCAACGGCGAUGCGUCUUGGGACCCUCGCUCUGUCGUCUCUCUCACCUAUGCUACUUCUCGCAACUUCCAAGCCCUUCCGUCUAUGGUGCUUGCUCCAGCAACAGCCACACUCAACCAGGCGCUCGCACGGCUCAGCGCGCAGCUCGCCAGGCAGUAUCUGAGCUCCAUUGCCACCAACCAGACCGCCAUCAACAACCUCGCCAGUGCACCACAGACAAUUGCCAACCCGAUCAUCGCCGUCAAUCGCGACUUGCGGCCGUACGAUGUUCCCGUUGCUAUCGCCGUCUUAGUCGUGGGCCUCAUCUACCUGUGCAUCCUCGCCUUCAACGCCACCAUGGCCAACUUUGGCGGUCGCCAGGGCCUGCAGCCUUUCCUUCGAUACCGCUCGCUGGUGGCGAUGCGCAUCGUCGCGCCGCUCGUCUGCUACUUCUUUUUGUCCCUCAUGAUCUCGCUGCUCAACAUCCCCUUCAAGGUCCCCUUCGGACGCACGUUCAGCUACGGCGCCGGUUUCAUGACGUGGUGGGCUGCUACCUUUGUUGGCAUGUGCGUGCUUGGCUUGGUGACCGAGUGCGCCAUCUCGCUGGUCGGGCCGCGCUUCAUCGGCUUUGCUCUCGUUUUCUGGAUUAUCAUCAAUGUCUCGGUCGCCAACCUGCCCAUCGAGCUUUCGCCCUCCUUUUACCAGUACGGCUAUUCGAUGCCCUUCUAUAACAUCCGACAAAUCUACAUCAAGAUCAUCUUUGACGUCGGCCAGCGCGUAGAGAUGCUCAAGUACUUUGGCAUCCUCUGGGCCUGGCUCGCCGUGAUUCUGAUCACCUUUCCCCUCUGGAUCCGCCUCGAGCAAAGGUCGGCUCAGAAGGCGCGCCAGGCCCAGCAGAAGGGUCCGAAGAACGCAGGCUCCUCGUAG